ACAUACCUAGACACUGCAACCAACACGUCAGCACAAGACCUUGACCGUGUGAUCAGCACAUUCCCAAGCUUCAGACUGAGUCCAGUUCCCCUUCGUGCUGGGUAUUUGUCUUUUGCUGGAGACCUGGUCGGGUACAGUCGUAUGGCCAUAGGCAGAUUUCUGACGGAUAUCAAUUUCCGAACUGGAAUGCAAGGGGGACCUGUAGUGAUAUUUGAUAACACCAGCAAUGCGGUGGUGAUUUCACCCUUAUCACAAUUUAUGGCUGCCUCCAGCUAUAUCCAACGGGGACAGCAAAUUGGCUGGGGCAUCAUGGGAAUGGUGAACGAUGUUCCCCGUGGAUACAGUGUGGAUUUUAUUGUUUACUAUAGCAACCAGGGAAUUAACCAGGCCAUGCAAGGAUGGGGCGAUUAUUUAACCAGACUCUACCAGAAAUCCACAACUCCAAGAGACAACGAUCUUACGGUACAGUAUUUGGGCUACUACACCAACAAUGGUGCGUACUAUUAUUACAACACCGAACAAGGCAAAAACUAUGAGAGUACAAUCACUGACCUUGCUGAUUACAUCGACAAUAUAAGCGUACCAUUUAAGUACCUGGAGUUCGAUUCUUGGUGGUAUCUUAAAGGCAAACAUGACGGGACAAAAACAUGGGAGCCACAGAGCGACAUUUUUCCACACGGUUUCCAGUAUAUUUAUAACAGAACAAAGUUACCGAUUGGCUGUCAUAACAGAUUUUGGGAUGUGGACACAACCUACGCCAAGUACAAUGGCGGAGCAUACAACUUUAUACCUGACAGACAAUCCGGUUUCUCUGUGCCUGACGAUUAUAAUUUCUGGGAAGACAUUUUCAACAAAACUCAAACCUGGGGCAAGUUCAUCCUUUAUGAGCAGGACUGGCUGAAUAGAGAAACAGACAAAAAUGCUGUCCUUCACAGUGAUCUGUUUGUUGGUCGGCGUUGGUUGUCUCAGAUGGGCAAGGCUGCGGAAAAUUAUGGCAUAACAAUCCAGUAUUGUUUGUCAUAUCCCAGGCACAUUCUGCAGUCACUGGAAAUCCCAUCUGUAACACAGGCGAGGGUAACCAGGGACUACGAGCCUGGAGGUCGCCGUCAGUGGAACACUGGGAUCACGUCCAUUUUUGCUGACGCUGUGAAUCUGGCUCCUUUCAAAGACACGUUCUGGACCACGGAGAGUCAACCCGGCAACCCAUACAAUAGAACAGAACCAAACACACGUAUGGAAGCAAUACUGGCCACACUCAGUACAGGACCAGUGGGACCAGGGGACGGCAUUGGUUACAUCAACAAGACCUUGCUCAUGAAGUGUUGUGAUGCAACUGGUCGAAUCCUGAAGCCAGACAAGCCGGUGAAAGCGAUUGAUGAUCAAAUUAAAAUGGCUGCCUUUAAGUCGCCGUACCCAGGACCUAUUGGAGAAGUGUACACAUCUUACACUAGGAUAUCCGGGUUCUUCUUCGGCAUCAUUGUCGUCCCAGAACUGAACAACAGUUACUCACUGACGCCAGCCGCUGCUUGGCCCAUUAUUGAAUUUCCCACCAGUUUGGCCUUUUCCGAGAAUGACCCCAAGACACUCUUCAACUUUUCCAACACGACGCCACUUAAACUGGGGAAAGAAUGCACAGUUACAAAUGCUUGCCUCUUCUACACCAGUCCAUUGAUACAGUUGAGCUCUGGAGACACCAUUGUUUUGUUGGGAGAGCUUGAGAAGUGGGUCCCAAUAUCCGGGAAACGAGUCAACAGCAUUCAGCAGACAGACGGGGAUGUUUUGGUUCAUGUCCUGGUCCAGGCGCAAGAAUCUGUGACCUUCACCUACUACUCAGUUACCAGGAACCAGCUGAAGACAGUCCUGUGUGACAACAGCAAGAGUUGGUCACCUGCAGAGAAUUCAGUUAUUAGUCUUGUGUCCGGUAUUUGUACUCUAGGUUAG